GUACCAUUGCGUGAAAAGGAUACUCUAAUCUUGUUCCCGAAGAAUUCCGUUCGAAAGCACGUAUAGUGUGGAGUGCUGGUAAAGACGAAGUGCGUCGGCUUGUGCAUGCCAUUGAAGCUCGAAGAAAGCGGCAGUGCGUAAAAUUUUCUGGAAUCCUUAACUAUAGCGCUGCUUUAUAACGGACCCAUACCCGGCUGUCAAAGUGCACCUCGUUUCUGGUGUGAUGUCCUGCUUUAGGAAUGUGUAGUUCUUUACUCGGUGCGCUGGAGCUAUUGAUUUUUUUAUAUCACCGGAAACGAAGCACCUUAUCCUUCUGCUCGUUGGCUGUUUGGAGAGCGCGAAUUAAAUAUUUAUGAAUGGAGUAACGUUAUUCAGUGACUGAUACGUGGGUUAUAUUUCCGUUGUUUACUGGGAACUUUCCGUUCUCAUGAGUGACCGAUCAACUUGAUCGACAGACCACGCUGCGUGGAACAGGUGUGCAAAAAGUAUUGUUAUAAUCAACUUGUGGCAUGGAUUGUGCACAUGUGUGUAGUUUUUCCGCUGUGCUAAUCACUUAUUUAUAGAGUGGCUGGAUUGGAUGUGCGGAAGUGCUAGGCGGUGGGUGAACAACGCCAAAUCGAGUGACGUGUUAGAACGGAUGUGAUUUAUUUAUGCCAGGUGAGGUGAUUUCGACGUUCAUCAGCAAAUCCCCGUUUACUUGCCAAUAAAUUCAUUCCAUUGUUGUACACAGAAUACGAAAAUAGAAUCCACGCAGAACGGCCGGUAGAGUCCCCCAAAGAGUGAAUUCUGUCCCGGUUAUUUCAUAUAUAAAAGUUUGUUUUUGUCGAAUAAAACAGAAAAAAAACAGUGAAAGCGACGACAGCAAGUUUGUUUUAACUUCGUUCGACAGUUUCCAAUCAUUCACCAUAUUUAUUGAGCGCAGUCGAACCGGAUGCGGAUAUUUAUAGCAAAAAUUAUGCCAAAUUGACGUGAAUUGUGCGAACUGCGUGGAAAACAAACCGCAAAAGCCAUACUGUGAAACAAAGUGUGUUGAAAAUACAAAUCAGUGACCGUGAUAUUUAUGCCCGAGUAGAAAAUAUUAACAAAUUGCGGUUAUAAUUGAAAGUUUAUUGCUCGUUGUGGAUAUCGUUUCGUGAUCCGAUAACAGGAAAAACGACAGAAUAACGAAUGCUGCUGGGAAAGUUUAUAUAAUUCAUUUUGAGUUUCCGCUUCGCACGAUUCAUACUGUUGCGAGUGGGAGCAAAACCCCACCGGCCACGAAAGGCACCGAAGGAUACUAAAUAGCCUCAGAGAACAACUUUGUGUGAUGGAGCAGUACGCAACCAAGAAACUCUACGGCAAAGUAAAUAAAAUGGUGAAUUUAUUAUCCCAGCUGAUGAUUGCUCUAGGAUUAAUUCUUCUGUCAACCGCGUCUACCCUUGGCGGGCCAAGCUCGGCGGCCAAUAAUAAUAAUAAUGUGAACCGAUCGGCGAACGUAAAUCUGAACCUUGUGCGGCUUGAGGAUAAAGCUGUCCCAGUGGCUGGGACCGAUACCUUCGACGGGGAAGCCAUGGUGCCGACCCUUUCACUAGAGGACCAAGUGCGGCUGCUCAGCAAGCAGCUAAACACACUCACCAAUCAGCGCCGUGAGGAUUACAAGAUGCUCGAGAACAAUCUGAAAAAGUACGUUCGCAAGAACUCGAUACAGUUGACGAGUGCCGAAAUUCGCGAUGAGCUGGAUCAUUUGAGAGAGGAGAUAAAAGUGCUUCGCGAAAGCAACUCCCCGAACAAGGAACGGCUGACUGUGCAGUGGCUAUCGCAAUCGAUCGCGGAGAUACGUUCCGAACUGGCCGAACUGCAAGAAUCGUCCAGCAAUGUGUCCAAAGACGCACAGCUGAAAAACCAACUGAUGGAAGAUAUCAACACGCUGCGGGCGGACUAUUCCACAAUGCGACUGGAGCUGGAGUCCCUCAGAUCGCGCCAGGAGAAAACCGAGGUGCUGGUGCGGGAGCUCCGCGAGGAAGCCGUCCAAAGCGCCGAGGAUAUCCGGCGCAGCUUGAACAGACAACGAGAGAAGAGUGUCAUCGCACAGGUGCCGCAGACAAUUGAUUUUGUCGAGCCGGAAGCUGACCACCGGAUGCGUCAUCAUCGCUUUUUCCGCCAGCAAUUGCACGAGCUCGAGGUGAAACAGACAGCAAUGAAGCGACAACUGAAUGACAUUUUCAACCACCGGAUGGCCGAUCGGCUGCGCAGUUUGGAAAUCGAACAGCGCAGGUUAGCGAAUGCGAACUUCAACAUCAGCCGGCAGGUGGCUAGUCUGGAUAAACUGCACGGUUCCAUGCUCGAGCUGCUGGAGGACGUCGAGGGAAUUCAAAACAAGUUCGAAAAAACACUGCCCGAUAUCAAGCGGGAGAUAUCGAAAAUGGAGUUCAACGCAGCGCAGAUUUCGUCCGAACAGGGCUUACUGAGAGAGGAGGGCCACAACAUCGCGAAAAGUAUCCAGGCGAUGGCCGUUAGUGUGAGCACCUUACAGGACGAACGGGAAAAUGUUCGCAAACUGGAGGAGCAAAUCCAGGUGAUGAAACGGGACUUGGAUAAAAUAAAGUCGGCAGCUCUUCUCCACCGAGAAAUGGCCCACAAUCGGCUAGAAAAGUUUGAGGCCGAAUCACGAACGGAUUACAACGUCUCAUCCAAGCUGACGGAGCUGCAGCACACUACUAAACUGGUGCAACAGUUGGAAAAUGUCGAAACCGAGUACGAGACCAUUAUCAAUAAGCUACCCCGUGAUUGCAGCCAAAUCGAGCAAAUGAAAACUCUGGGGGAAACGGGCCAAAGUGGCGAAGGGAACCUUUACUUAAUUGCCCCGACUGGGCAGCAUCAUCCCCUGAUGACGCAGUGCUUCAACGAGUGGACGACCAUCCAGCGACGCCAGGACGGCUCGGUGGACUUCAAUCGUUCCUGGGAAGACUACGCGAAUGGAUUCGGAUCGCCGGCCGGGGAGUUCUGGAUCGGUAAUCAAGCACUGCAUCAUCUUACUAACGACAACUGCUCGAUGUUACGGAUUGUGAUGCAGGAUAUCUAUGACAAUACCUGGUUUGCCGAUUACGACGCAUUCAGAAUCGGCUCCAGAGAGGAUGGGUUCCGGCUGGAACUGGCUGGUUACGACGGAAACGCUUCGGAUGCUUUCGAGUACCAGAACCACAUGCAAUUUUCUGCUAUUGACGUCGAUCGGGAUAUCUCUAACACCCAUUGUGCGGGCAAUUACGAAGGGGGCUGGUGGUUUUCCCACUGUCAGCAUGCCAAUCUGAACGGGCGGUACAAUCUGGGCCUGACUUGGUUCGAUGCUUCCCGGAACGAGUGGAUAGCGGUCAAGUCUAGCCAUAUGAUGAUUGCUCGAAGGCCCGAGUGCAGUCUGCUGGGCAGCGGGGAGGGGGAUAUUCGCGGGCUGGAAAGCCCGGUUAUUGCGGAACCAUUUUCUUCCGCACCAACUAUGACCAUCUCGAAAUACGAGACCACCCUACUAACCACAUUAUCGUCCGGGUCCAGAACCGGAACCGAUGUCUAGAAACUUGAGGAGAGACGAAAUGUAAAAUAGCCAUAGGGUGUGCUCUGAUUCCCUUCUUUGGUUUGUAAAUUACUUACAGUGUAGGAAGAACCAGUGAAAAUAAUUCUAUGUUGCAACUGGUGUAUGUGUAAGUGUACGUAAAUGCUUGUACAGGAGUAGAAACAACAUCAUAUCAGUAGAAUGUGCAUCCCAGCCCAUGUGAAGUUACUCGACCGCAGGUCAACAUCCAUUCCACUAAACUAACCGGACCCAGUUGACUCCAGUGUCAUAGCAACGUUUUAUAACGACCCCCACGCAAUUAAACAUGUGAAAAGGACAAACAUUUUCCAAUUUUCCAACUACCCUGACAUCACUUCACCUAUAUAGAAAGGUUAGAGAUAAUUACGUUGUGAAUACCAUAAACCACUUUUGAAAAAGAGUCAAUUCCGUAGAUCUCACGCGAGGGGGAAUUUGCAGCAACAUUAUUUAGUCAGUCAAGUUUUCGUGCAAGCCACUUAGACCGUUUAAUCUAACAACAAACUUUCCUGUUUUCCGUGUUCCCCGUGUUCCCCAUGAGUGCGCUCGGGAAAUCUUGGUGUAUGAAAUUACCAUCAGCGAAAAAGGUUAUUAGUCUUCCCUGAGGGAGAGUAAUGCCAGCCUUCCAUCAAACCUCCUACACAACUAGAAGAAUCCCUCUUGUCGCGCUGUUAUCGCUUGAUGCUGGCUUUCACCUGCACUGAAAGCAACAGAGAGCUCGCACUUCAACGAAAGGAAAAAUUUAUUCGGGUUGAUUACCUUUUUAUAGCUGUUUUAUCCUUGUUUUCCGUCGUCGGUUUUACGAAGGAAGCGGAAAAUUUUCGCGCGCCCCACUGAGACUAAGACUAGUCUGAUGGAUUUCGCACCGGAUGGACUUACAAUAGGUAGGUUAUGCCUUAGUUCGCAUGUAUUCGAGUUCCGACGGCAUUCGGUAGGCGUCUGCUAACAGCUAAUUUAAUCUCAGCAACACUUGCCGUAGAGCUCUCUCAAUGUUUGUAUGAUUUCCCACUUUAAGCAUAAAUCGGCACAGAAUCAAUUGAAUAUUAUUUUAAAAUUAUUUAUUCAUAGAACCAUUAGCGCGUUUUGUGCAUGGAGUAACGGAUUUAAUGGUCUAUAUCUUAAGUGGACAUUUGCUUGAGAAUAACUGAUUAAUAUAUCUAAUUUUCAUAUUUUUUUUCUCCAGAACACUUUAAAAACGAGGUAUUUACCAAAACAAAAACAGUUCAUAAUUCGUUACUCUAUGAACCUAACAUUUUAAGGUUUGAUUAUUUUCAGAAUGUAUUUAAUAAUAUAUUGCCAUACAGUAACAGCAACACAAAAAGGGUACGGUUUACUAAAUUGUAAUGUUACUCAAAAAGGUUAAAAAAGUCAUUUAUUUCAUUCAAAUUAUUUUAAAUAACCCGGUCUGACUGCGACCUGAUAAGGUGGAUCUAUAUAAUAAUUUCAUAAACCGGUGCAAAAUAUCUCUACAUACAUGCAGACGAAUCAAUUAUUUUCCCUUUAUAAAGAUCUGUCAAAGUCUUGUUCAUUAUAGGUUAACUGCUAUCAAUUUUUGAUACCUUCACAGAAUAUAAAAAAACCCCUACUCAUACCAAAGACUUUUUGCAUUGAGCUAAAAACUGGAUAUUUGAGUCUCCUCCAAAUGAAAAUCCUGUUCUCGAACUAUCGUUCGUUAACUGAUGAUUGAGCGUCGAGCAAGUUCGAUGUAACUUCCGUUACAUUUUUUCAAACAAGGUUUUUAAACCGUGAACAAUUGAAAAAGAAUAAUAAAACACACAUAAGCGGCGUUGAAAAAAAUCGAACUAAAGAACUGAUGAUGUCAAAUCACCACUAAAUACAUAGGAACGAUUCCCAAACCCUUACAUAUCUAAGAAAAAGCAAACAACGUUCAAUCCCCAAACCGUAGACAAUGUGUACAUAUUACCGAUCAAGGGGAAAUCAAGAAUUAAAGUUGACUUUUCGAUUGUAGGAUUAUUACAUAAUCGAUCAAAUCAUAUCUUAAGUUUAGUCGUAGCUUUAUAGGUUCCGAAUAGCGUAGGCAAACAUUCAUCUUCGAGAUGAAAUCACUGGAAGAGAUUAUGAUUUUAUGCAAGAGCGAUACUAACAAUAAGAUACAGUUGGCUUGAAGAAAGUAGUUUUUAAGAAGAAUUUUUUAGAUAGGCAGCCAUUCCAGCGGGAAAUGUUCAAACAAAGUCAUGAUUUUGUAAAAAGUUUAAAUAUUUGCAGCGGUAGUAAGCUUACGUAGCGCCUGUAACAGAACUGCAAGUCAACCGCAAGAUUAUAACGGAUAAUAUUCAAGCAAAUGAAGAGAGAUAUUUAAACUACAUAAUAAGACAAGUGAAACACUGCUAUGAGUUUUAUUGGAUGAUCAACCUGUAACAAUAAACUAUAUUUGAAUUUUGUAACAAA